AUGGAUUAUCUAUCUAUCUAUCUAUCUAUCUAUGUUAGUUUUUUCAUAUCUAUCUAUCUAUCUAUCUAUCUAUCUAUCUAUCUAUCUCAUUUCUUCAUAUCUAUCUAUCUAUCUAUCUAUCUAUCUAUCUAUCUAUCUAUCUAUCUCAGUGUCUUGAUAUCUAGCUUAGUUUCUUCAUAUCUAUCUAUCUAUCUAUCUAUCUAUCUAUCUAUCUAUCUAUCUAUCCCAAUCUCUUCAUAUCUAUCUAUCUAUCUAUCUAUCUAUGUUAUUUUCUUCAUAUCUAUCUAUCUAUCUAUCUAUCUAUCUAUCUAUCUAUCUAUCUCAUUAUCUAUCUAUCCCAAAUCUCUUCAUUUCUAUCUAUCUAUCUAUCUAAAUCUGAUUAAUCUAUCAACUUAUCUAUCCAAACUUGGCCAUUAUGCAAAAGAAAAUUGUCGAUCUAUCUGUUCCAACCUAUUCAACCAAUCUAUCUCAACCUUUAUCUAUCUAUCUAUCUAUCUAUCUAUCUAUCUAUCUUUUUCAGUCUGUUCAUAUAAAAUCUCUGCCUUUUUCAGCCUGUUUAUAUCUAUCUAUCUAUCUAUCUAUCUAUCUAUCUAUCUAUCUAUCUAUUUCAGUUUGAUCAUUAACUAUCUAUUUCAGUUAGUUCAUUAUCUAUCUAUCUAUCUGUUUCAGUUUAAUCAUUAUCUAUCUAUCUAUUUAAGUUGGUUCAUUAUCUAUCUAUCUAUCUAUCUAUCUUUAGUUCAUUAUCAAUCUAUCUAUCUGUUUCAGUUUAAUCAUUAUCUAUCUAUCUAUUUAAGUUGGUUCAUUAUCUAUCUAUCUAUCUAUCUAUCUAUCUAUCUAUCUAUCUAUCUGUUUAGUUUGAUCAUUAUCUAUCUAUCUAUCUAUCUAUCUAUCUAUUUCAGUUGGUUCAUUAUCUAUCUAUCUGUUUCAGUUCAUUAUCUAUCUAUUUCAUUGGUUCAUUAUCUAUCUAUCUAUCUAUCUAUCUAUCUAUCUAUCUAUCUUUCAUUAUCUAUCUAUCUAUCUAUCUAUUUCAGUUUAAUCAUUAUCUAUCUAUUUAAGUUGGUUCAUUAUCUAUCUAUCUAUCUAUCUAUUUCAGUUAGUUCAUUAUCUAUCUAUUUCAGUUUGGUAUCUAUUUAUCUAUCUAUCUAUCUAUCUAUCUCAUUUGGUUCAUUAUCUAUCUAUCUAUCUAUCUAUCUAUCUAUCUAUCACUAUUAA